GGCGCUGUGCGGGCACGGUCCUGUGUGCGCGGGGCUGGUGGGAUGAUGGAGGUCUACCAGGAACGGUGGCUGGUGGGGCUGGGGUCCCACCAGCAUGAGUGGAGCUGGAGGACCACCAGGAAUGGUGGCCGGCGGGGCUGGACGGCCACCAGGGUGGGUGACUUUUAGAGCUGGGGGUCUACUGGGAUGGACGGAGUUGGAGGACCACUGGGAAUGGUGGUUGGUGAGGCUGGGGGUCCGCCAAGCUGGGUAGCUGGUGGGGCGGGCGGCUCGCCAGGGUGGGUGGCUCCCCGGGAGCUGUUUCAGACACUUCCCAUCAGGGUUGUCCAGCUCUGCAGCUCGGGAGCUCGUUCCCGAGCGUGCGUUUCCCUGCUCUGUUUUCCAGGCGGCCGUUCGCCGUAGGGCGCCGGGAGGGAGCGGCGGCCUUUGGGGAGCAGGAUGAGCGAGUGGGAGCGCGUGUUCCCGCGGGGCCUGGCGCUGCCCCCGCACGGGCAGCGCAGGCGGGCUCGGCCCCCCGGCUCCACCGCCUUCCGCUGCGUUCUCAAGGCCCUGGAAGGGGCUGUCCUCGCCCAGGGAGCAGAGUUCCAGCUGCGCCUGUCCCUCUUUGAUGCCACCUACCACCACUUCUUCGGGAGGACCUGGAGGAGCAGCUGCAGAGCUGCCCGCCGUGCCCCGCCACACCCGGCCAGGGCAGCUUUCAACGAGACUGUUUAUUUCCACACCUCCUUGAACCACUCUGGCAUUGCUGCUGUUGUGGAAGUGGUCGUGACAGCCGGGAAUGGGGAUGGGAGCUCUCGGCAUCUCUCCUGUGGCUUUGGGCUCAUCCCCCUCUUUGGCAGCGGAUCAGAGGCGACGGACCCAGCUGCUGAGGGCAGAACGCUGAAGCUGUACCACGGGACGCCCCGUGCUCUGCUGCACCCGCGCUUCCAGGACCCCAUGGAAAAGAACAAAUACCUGACCGUGAUGGAGAAGAGCCACCUGCAGUACUCCCUAAAGCCUCACCAGCCCUUGGAGAUGAUAUUUCACCUCCUUCCCGAAAACCUCCUGGUGUCUGGGCAGCAGAACAUUCCCGGUGUGCUGCCGGCAUGCGGAGAUGCAAGUGACUGCUUGCAGAAACCUCAGCUGCUGAAGCCAGUCACCUGCUACCUGGAGAGGCUGUCCAUCCAGCUGCACCCUUCCCUGGAGGAAUUUGAGGAAGAGCUGCUGGACCUACUGAACAGUGAUCGCUUACUUAAGGCCAACGCGGCGCCGGACGGUGCCGGGGUGGCGGUUCGGGAGCGGCGGCUGCACGUUGGUGUCCACAACGGGCUGUGCUUUGUCCAGGCACCCCAGGUAGCUGUGCUGGUGCCUGAGGCAGAGGUGGCCCGGGGCAGCUGCCCAGGGGGGCUGGCUCCUGCAGCCAGGGAUGUGGGUCAGGCCCUGGUUCUGCGGAGCCGCAUCCACCUGAGUGAGAUGGUUCCUCACCCAGCCUUUGGGGUCUGCUUCCAGCUGGAGUAUGUCUUCUGCAGCAUGGGGAGAGCUGGUGGGAAGGCCCUGCCCAGUGGUGCCCGCAGCGAAGCCACCGAGAUGUGCUCAGUGCGCUGGGCUGUCUGGAGCCCUGCCCUGGGCACUGGUGAGAAGGAGGAGGAGGUGGUCCUGCCCCUGCGUGGGGGUCCCCACCGUGGUCCCUGCCAAGCUCUGGUCUACCGGACUCCCCCAAGUGGCAGGAGCUCCUGCCAGGGAAAGCACGUGGAGUCUGGGACUGUCCAAUUCCAUGUUUCUACUGAUUCGGAAGAACAUCUUGUAACUGCUGCGAAGAUCCCAGAUAAAGGCAGGGACGCGUUGGAGCAGCCUCCCACGCUGUCGCUGAGUCCACAGGCCCCGCUGCGAGUGCCGGCAUCCCCGCGGGGACCAGGGCUGUCAGUGUCCCAGCUCUCGGCCAUGCCACGGGGCAGGGACCAGCCCCUGGAUGGGGGGAUCACUCACCUGGAAGCCGACCUUGGGUGGGCAGACCCCAAGGCCUGCGCCGAGGAGCCUCUGCGGGCACUGCCCUUCGCCCCGCUGCAGGUGCCGGUUGCUGCGCUGGGGCUCCAGGCAGACAGUUCCCACACGCUGCUCUCCCGGGCCGCACUGGCACGCCUGCACACUGCUGGCUUCCCAGAGAUCCUGGACCGUCACCAGGAGCCAGUGGGAAUCUCAGAGCCUGUGGACCCGGCGACUUUCAGCCCACAGCUGGAGGAAGCUGACCCUCUGCAAGGCAACGAAAUAAUCCUGCAGUUCCUGGCUUUUGGCAGGGAUGCCCGGGACCAUGCAGAGGGGACGUGGCCGAGGACCAUUUUCCUCACCUUCCAGUUCUACCGUUUCCCACCAGUCACCACGCCGCGGCUGCAGCUGGUCAGCAUGGAGCGGGGGCCGGCGGCUGGGCAAGCACAGCUCCUUGUCCGGGUGAACAAGGAUGGGACCCUUGGCAGUGGACCGCCGGGCUUGCAGCUGAAGUACAUGGUGGAUCCUGCGUUCCUGCGAGCUGGGGAGCAGCGCUGGUUCGUGCGGUACCUGGCUGAGCACAGCCUCCAGAUCGACAUCUGGGAUGGAGACUCUCUGCUCCUGGUUGGAUCUGCUGCUGUGAGGCUGCAGUCCCUGCUGCGCCAGGGCCGGGAGGCCAUCAGGACCCACCAUGAGCUGGAGGUGGCCACAACUGAGUACGAGCCAGACGUGACGGUGAUGGGCCAGGAGGCCCUGAGGCACGGAGCCCUGCGGCCCCUCGGGGUCCGCGUGGCCCUGCGGGGCCGCCUCCACCUCUCCAUGGCCAACGUCGGCCACCUGUGCGAGGAGACCCCGGGGCAGUUGCCCUCCCCGCUGCCAUCCCGCUCCCGCAUCGUGCCUGCACCGGACAACGCUCGUGUUAUCCCGGCUGGCAGCUGGUUAUCCCGGGACACUGCUUGUGGGCGGGUGUCACAGGCACGGAGGCUGGUGGAGGUGGACAGCGAGCUGGCGGCCGCGCUGCACGCCCACCGGCCGGGGCCCAGGCUGGUGCCCCCCGCUGUCCCCAGCGAGGCCGCGGCCGCCCGCCGGCGCAAGCUGCGGCGCAUGGCGCUGGUGCGGCAGCAGGAGGAGGCUGGCGGUGGGAGGAUGCCCCAGGUCUCGGGCUGGCAGGAGCAGCGUGCCCAGCAGGUGCGUGACUUGCAGAUCAUCGAUGCCUACCGGGAGCACACCAAGGGCGAGAGCAUCUCCCGCCUGCUCAGCCAGGCCAUCACUGCCACCCGCACCGUGCACGCCGUGCUGGGCACCGCAGAGUUCUUCGAGUUCACCCUGAAGAACCCGUAUGGUGUUCAGCACACUGUCACCAUCGAGGUUGACCACCCUGAGCUCAGUGUCAUCCUGGACCCAAGGGAGUGGCGUCACUUCAAGGAGCUGACCAAGAGUGUUACACCAGUGGAGGAGGAGAUGUUCCACCUCCGUGAUGACCUCCGCCCUCAGGUCUACCUGCGCCCCUAUGAGACCGUCCGCAUCCCCUUCAAAUACCAGACCUUCUCUGCAGACCCUGCCAUCGUUGCCGCACAGGGGCCAGCUGGGCUGGACAGCAGUGCUGACACAGCCGCCCGCUCCCUGGGGAAGAGCGGGGCUGGGCGGAUGAAGCACAUCCAGGUCUCCUUCCAGGUGAGUGGGGGGAAGCCCAUCGCGCUGCUGCUGGUGAAGGUGGAGCCGCAGCCCCACGUGGUGGACCAGACCUUCCGCUUCUACCACCCAGAGCUCACCUUCCUCAAGAAAACCAUUCGGCUGCCCCCCUGGCAUACCCUCCCUGGCACUCCAGUGGGGAUGCCCGGGGUGCAGCCUGAGAUGUUUGUUCGCUGCAGCGACCCCAACAUCAUUUGUGAGACCAAAAAUAUGGGGCCUGGGGAGCCACAGGACAUCUUCUUAAAAGUAGCCGGAGGACCAAGCCCACAGAUCAAGAAGUUCUUUGUUGCUAUUUAUACGGACUCCUGGCUGGCAGCGCCCGUCCAGAUCUGGCAGUUCUACCUGCACUCCCUGCAGCGCCUGGACGUCAGCUGCACGGCCGGGCAGCUCUCCCGCCUCUCCCUGCUGCUGCGGGGCACCCCGGCCCCACGCAGGGUCCGCGCCUUCACCUCCCACCCCCACGAGCUGCAGGUGGAUCCGGAUGGGACAUUCCUUCUUCCUGCCAACGGCAUCCAGGAGCUGUUUGUUGGGGUGAGGCCUCGGCGGGCAGGCAGCCGGUUCAUCUACCUCAACCUGGUGGAUGUGGAGUCCCACCAGCUGCUGUCCUCCUGGCUGCUCUGCCUGGCCUGUCAGCAGCCCCUCAUCUCCAAGGCGUUCGAGAUCUCUCUCCCUGCGGGCGGUGGCCGAGGCUGCAACAAGCGCAUCACCUACACCAACCCCUACCCCUCGCCGCGCCUCUACUUCUUGAGCACCAGCCGGCCCGACCUCCUGCAGUUCAAGGAGGACUCCUUUGAGGUGGCCGGGGGGGAGGUGUACACCAUCGGCCUGCGCUUCGCCCCGAGCCAGGAUGUGGGUGAGGAGGAGAUACUGAUCCACAUCAAUGACCACGAGGACAAGAACGAGGAAACCUUCUGCGUGAAGGUCCUCUACCAGUGAGGCCACCUGGCAGCACCACCUCGGGGACACCAGUGUCCAGUGUCUUGCCCAGGGGGGGUUG